CACCAAUCCAACAAUCCCUUGGCGGAAUCCCGAGAAUUCGAACCAGACCGUGAACGGCAAUUUGGCACUCUACACUACACUACCCACGUACAACAAGUACGAGCUACUGUGGGAGCCAUCCAUGGAUCCCAACGGGCGGGUGCAUAUGUUGUAGAGGUACCUCCCAUGUCCAGCCCGCCCAAUGCAUCAGACAAGGCAAGAGCAAGUGCGACCUCACUGCACCUUCUCUGAGACCAAGCUGAAGUACUCGCUGUAGUGUAAUGGGAGAAUAAGAAGGCUGCCCUCCCUCCCCACUCCUUCCUCGGGUGCUGUCCAGUUUCUCUUGAUUCUUCCCGUCUCGAGAGACUCGUUCACUCGUCGCACCGCGUUCAGGAUCCAUCAGUCUCAAGUUCCACGAGGAUCCUCAUCCACCAUCACCAUGGCGGAGACAAACACCACCAUCCCGACCGUCGCCGGCCCCAUCAGCGAGGUGCGCUCGUCACAAGACGUCAAGGGGCCUCCCGCCUACGCCAACACGGGCCGCGAUAGCCUCAACGGCGGCGAUAUCCACGAAGAAUACCAUGGCCUUGUCCUGCCCACCGAGGAGGAAAAGAAAACCCUCCGCCGUGUGGCCGGCAAAAUGCCUGCCGCAUGUUACUACCUCUGCGCCGUCGAGUUCGCCGAGCGUGCCUCGUACUACGGCUGCUUCCAGGUCUACAAGAACUUCAUCCGUGCUCCCCUGCCCAAGGGUUCCACUACCGGUGCCGCCGUCCUCGACAAGAACGAUACCGCCGGCGCCCUCGGCAAGGGCUCCGUCACUGCCACCGCCAUGACCGAGGCCUUCAAGUUCCUGUCCUACGCCCUUCCCAUCUUCUUCGGCUGGCUCGCUGAUACCAAGUAUGGUCGUUUCCGCAUGAUUUGCCAGGGUGUCGCCAUUUGCGGUGUUGCCCACAUCAUCAUGAUCAUCUCGGCCCUUCCGCCUGUCCUCACCUCGGGUAACGCUAUCGGUCCCUUCGCUCUCUCGCUCUACAUGCUCUCCAUUGGUGCCGCCCAGUUCAAGCCCAACAUUUCGCCCACCGUCAUGGACCAGUCACCCCACAAGGUUGCCCACGUCAUCGAGCAGGACGGCGAGCGCGUCAUUGUCGACCCCGAGGAGUCUCUCAACAGCGUCAUGUUGUGGUUCUAUCUCCUCAUCAACAUCGGUGCCUGCUUCGGCAUCCCUACCACUUACCUGGCCAAGCUUGUCGGUUACUGGGCCGCCUACCUGAUCCCCACCAUUCUCUACCUGCUGCUCCCUCCCCUGCUGUGGUACCUCAACCCCAGACUCGUCAAGCAGCCCCCUGGUGGUUCCGAUUUGGGUAACGUCUUCCGCGUUCUUGGCGACUGCUUCGCUCAUGGUGGCCUUCGCUCCAUCGGCCGCAAGGGUUUCUGGGAGGCUGGCAAGCCCAGCGUUCGCGCUGCCGCUGGUAGCACCAAGGUUUACGGAUAUGAUGAUCAGUUUGUUGAGGAUGUCCGCCGUACUUUCCAGGCUUGCGGCAUCUUCCUCUUCCUUCCCAUCUACUACAUCAACGACGGUGCUCUCGGCGCUGCGGCCAACGCCCUCUCUGCCGGUAUGAGGACCAACGGUGUUCCCAACGAUUUGCUCGACAACCUCAACUCCGUCACUAUCGUCCUUCUUGUUCCUACCAUGAAUCACGUCAUCUACCCUCUCAUGCGAAGAAGGGGUAUCCGCUGGGGUCCCAUCUCGCGCAUGACCUUCGGCUUCGCUCUCUGCACCAUUGGCUCCAUUGGCUUUCCUCUGCUCCAGCACUACGUCUACAAGACCUCUCCUUGCGGCAACCAUGCCACUACCUGCCAGGAGAACUCUCCCGAAGGCGUGGAUGGUCUCUCUUCGGUCUCAUACGGGUACUACGCCAUUCCCAUCAUCAUUACUGCUGCCUCCGAGAUCUUCGUCAACGUUACUGGCUACACCAUUGCCUACUCCCGCUCCCCCAAGAACAUGAAGGGUCUCGUCAGCUCCAUCAACUUGUUCAUGACCGCCAUCAGCGCCGCCAUUGGUCUUGCUACCUCCAGCGCUAUUCAGGAUCCCUACCUUGUCUGGGCCUUCGCCGGCCCUACCAUUGCCGGUGGUGUCUUUACCGUUAUCUUCUGGUUCAUGUUCAAGCACCUCAACAACGAGGAGUUUGUCAUCAACACCGACUUCGGUGACAUGGUGCGGGACUCUGACAACAGCAGUGAUGAGGAGGCCAACAAGCACGGCAUCAAGGGCCAGGAUACCAUUACCCAGGUUCCUGCCCCUCAGCCUGUCACUCUGAAUGAGAAGAACUAAGCAGGAUAUGGCAUUUUCUUUUUGUCGCUUUUACAAUGAUACCACGGUGAAGAAAAAAGGGAAGGGGAUGCAGAGGACUGCUUGGAUACCCAAGACUCGCGAUGAUACCUAAUGUUAUUGAUGGAGUUAUGUAGCCAGUCAGCCAGUUGUGUAUGUACAGCUGCCGUUGGUACGCAUGAUUCAAUGAGCAUCUACAUAGACAAAGAAGUAAUGAUAAACACUGUCAAGACAAUGAUUAGUUCCUGAUUGCAAUGCUUUUGUUGUCGU